UGCAACAGUGUACUCUGUGGCUCUGACUUCUUCGUAGCUUCAUAUUUGGGUGUUUUUAUUCAUUCUAAUACAUACAGAGCAAAAAAGUACAAGGAAAAUAUGCCUGGUCCUCCACCACCCCCACCACCUCCGCCAACAUUUUCCCAGGCCAACACAGAAAAACCAGUCCUUAAAAAGUCUGAGCAGCACGGGAGAAAUGCCUUACUGUCAGAUAUUUCCAAAGGCUCCCGUCUGAAAAAGACUGCCACCAAUGACCGCAGUGCUCCAGUAUUUGAUAAGCCCAAAGGUGGCGGUGGAGGCGGCGGUGGAGGCGGUGGUGGUGGCGGCGGUGGUGGUGGCGGCGGUGGUGGUGGGUUUGGUGGAGGAGCACCAGGAGGGUUAGGGGGACUGUUCCAGGGAGGAAUGCCCAGACUAAAAUCCCCAGGAAGCUCUGCAAGGCCACCAAUGCCACCCACUGGUGGUAGAUUCCCGACCCCGGGAGGGAGCCCUUCAGCUCGAGUGCCUGACACUCCUCCUGAGCGACCGACCAUGAACAGAGGCAGUGUUCCACCAGUUCUUUCAUCUACAUCACCAUCACUGCGUGGUUCAAAUACAGGCGGUCCUCCACCUUUACCGGGAGGUCGAUCCCCAGGCUUCCCCCCUUCCUCACAACAAGCACAACAAGGUCGCCGACCGAGCAUACCAAAUCCUGCUCCUCCUAGUCGCCAAACAUCCUUUCCACCUCCACCUCCUUCGAGUGCCCGUCCUUCAAAUGAUUUCCCCGCUCCACCACCACCUGGUGGUGGACACCGGGGAUCUUUACCUCCACCUCCAGUUCCAUCUACUAACCGCCCACAACCCACCUCCAGCCCCAGAGAUGACUUUCCCCCUCCACCACCAACAAUGGGACACAGAACAUCUUUUUCAUCCCCUCCAGUUCCCUCUAGUAGCCGCCCCCCACUUCCCGUUACUUCUUCAGGCUCUUCAGAUAAUUUUCCUCCUCCACCACCCUCUGCAGCGGGAGGCAGAGCAUUUACCAGUAAUGGACCACCACUGCCACCUCCAUCAGGAAACAAACCACCUGCCCUACCAGGGGCAAAGCCUAUGGGUAAUGCCCCACCAGUCCCUCCUUCAGGAAGAGGAGACCUGCGUCCGCCACCUCCUGUGUCACGACCUGGUGGGGCUGGCCCACCUCCACCCCCACCCAGUUCUAGACCACCAGCAGCAGUGAAAGCCCCACCUUUGCGAUCUAGUCCACUUCCACCUCCACCUUCAGGAGAGAGCAGAGGGGGUGCUCCUCCUCCACCUCCUCCAAAUCAUCCAGGAGGAGGUCGAGUAGCUGGAAGGCCUCCUCCACCUCCGGACAGGUCUGGAGGAGGAGGCUUACCUCCUCCACCGCCUUCCUCGAUGCGCAAUGGAUACCAGAGUGCCUCUCAAAGCAGCACAGAUGAAUGGGAGAUGAGAUUUUCCUUCCAUCCAGCUUCCGAGCUACCCCCACCAGAGCCCUACAUUCCUUUUCCCAAGACGUACCCUAGCAAGGCUGGUAAAAAUGAUGGCAAAGGUUCGCUGCAGAGAGGAGCGCCCCCACUUCCUCCAUUACCUAGAUGAAAGGAUAUAAUUCAUGCCAUUGCAGUAUUACCAGGGCAAUAUGUCUCAGCUCAAAAUGCCUUAUUUCAAUGUUGCUGACAGUUUUAAUUCUACAAGACUGUGUACACACACACACACACACACACACACACAAACACACAAGUUAGUAAGCAUUGUUAACAAAAAUAAAAAAUGCAAUAAAUAAUGAUGAAAAUAUGUUGUUUUUUUGUUGUUGUUGUUGUUGUUGUUGUUGUUGCUAAAAAGCACAAAUGAAAACUUGAGUCUUCAUAAUUUUGAGUUAUUGUGAAGGAUAGCUAACAUUCGUGAAAGAUAUCUAACAAGAGCCAGCUCUGUAACAAAUGAAGAUUUAAAUUUUUUAAGGAUAUAGUAUUUUAGCAAAUCACUUUUUUACAAAGAUAUUAUAUUAGAUAACAGUUUUGUUUAGAGUAAAUUAUGUGAGUUGUUCAACUAGAGGUUGAACUACUUUUUACUUUUUUAAAUAAAUAAAAAAAGAAAGUACUUUCAUGAGAAUAAAUUAGGCAAUGUUAGUCUUGUUGUAUGUGCAAAUAUUGAGAUCAUGUACUGAAAAUAAAGCAUACCUGUAUGUUGGUUAAAAUUGUCCUGUGUGGAAAUGAGUUCAUUAUUUUUGUGGGUAAAUAUAAAAUU